GGGGACUUGCGUUUCAUGCACUUCCGCACAAGACUAACUGAGCUUCAAAACAUAUCCAUGCAAGGAAAGCGACGUGUUACGUAAAGAUGUUAUGACGUAAUUAUGUCACGGCCAUGACAGCAUGAGAGUCCUGUUCAGCUUCAACGCACUAAAGUUGAUCGGCAGAACUGGACUGAACUGGACUGAACAUCUACCUGGAUCUCCUCCAGUUUACCACCGAACCGAAUCUGCUUCUCAUUUCUGCACCAGAUCUGCAGGUGACAACACACAGAUGGAUCUGAGUAACAUGAGAAAGAGAUAUAAAGGCGAUGAGGAGUCUUUCGAAGAAGAUCAACUCAUUUCCCUGGACCCUAUUAAGCAGUUCAGCGUGUGGUUUGAUGAAGCAACAAAGUGUCCCGAAAUUGGUGAAGCCAACGCCAUGUGCCUUGCAACAGCAACCAAGGACGGCAAGCCUUCUGCUCGAAUGGUGCUGCUGAAAGGUUACAGUAAUGAGGGCUUCCGUUUCUUCACAAACUAUGAAAGCCGUAAAGGUAAAGAGCUGGACAUAAACCCCCACGCCUGUCUAGUCUUUUACUGGGAGCCACUGAAUAGACAGGUUCGUAUCGAAGGUACUGUUGAGAGAAUUGCACGUCAGACUUCUGCUGAGUAUUUUCAUUCGAGACCCAAGAGCAGUCAGAUUGGUGCAGUUGUGAGCAGGCAGAGCAGCGUGAUACCUGGCCGACAGUACCUAAGAGAGAAGAAUGCAGAGUUGGAGGAGAAAUACAAGGACUCGGAGGUGCCAAUACCAGAUUACUGGGGAGGCUACAUUGUCGUACCACACCUGAUUGAGUUCUGGCAAGGCCAAACCAACAGACUGCACGAUCGUAUUGUUUUCACAAAAGUUAAGGAGGGUGAGACUGAACUUCAAGAGAUGCAGAAUCAGGCUGAGGAAGGCUGGGUAUACCACCGGUUAGCUCCCUAACCGAAAAUCGUUUCCCUCCAUUUCUCUACUAGAAUAACUUCAGUACAUUAGGAGAUUAACUAGAAACACACAUGUGUUUCAUUUAGUAAAGAAUCUGGAUCUGCAGGAUUACUGCUAGAAAGUUGUAGUUUUACCUGCUUUAGACAAAUUGUUAUUGUAAACGUUGUAGUCUGUAAUUCUUGUUAAUAGAUUAUUGAUUGACAUGAUGUCCGUGCUCCAUCCUGAACAUCAUAAAAUGUAAAAUAACCAGCAGGUAACAUUUUACCGUAGUAUGGUACCUUGAGAUUACAUACCUUUUGGUUUCUGCCCAAAGCAUUGUUGCUUGUGUUUGUGGUAGCUAUUUAAGCUGGACCUUUAUACUGGCAAUAAAGUAUUCAUUAUUACAGUUUUACACUUAGCUGUUGUGGAGCCUCUGAGAAUUGAGGUUUGUUAUUGUUUUUUAUUUUCAUACUAGUAUUAAAGAGGUCACUGUAGGGAUAAUAUUACACUGUGAUGAGAUGAGUGUUAUUGUUUUAAUGUAGACAAUGUAGUGCAGCCAUAACUGGAAGAGUCUGAACCACAGCCAUUAGGUUUUUCCCUAAUUUAUAUUUUGCCAGUGUUUUUUGCAUUUAAUGUAAAUGUUGUUGUCAGCCACUAGAUGGCAGUGCUACAACAAAAAAAAGCAGACACUGUAGUUAUUAGUUAUUUAGAACCGUGUAAAAUCUCAGGGUUUUUUUUAUUUUUUAUUAAUAUAGGCCACACUAGCAACCAACGUAGAUCUGUAUUGAACCGUGUACACUAUCUGCCCUAUGUAAAUGUCCUGGUGAAGUAAAACAUUGAAAAAUG